CACGGAAACGUCAAAAUAAGUUUCCGUAGUAGGUAAAGUUAGCGAAUCAAACUUUAUUUUAGCAACUUUACGGCUGACAAAAAGGCAACAAAAAUAAGUGUACAGUGUUUCUAACGAAAGUGGACAGUAAUUUGUGAUAUUUUGCUAUAGAUUUCAUUCAUAAAACCGUUCAAGUUUGCAUUACCACAAAAGUAAUCAGAAGACGAAUUUAUUACUAACUUGGAGUGCAAAUAGUCAAAAUGCCGCGCAAACUGCUAAAGUUCCUCAUAGUGUUUGACAACACAUCAUUGUUAUAUUUUCCUGGUCAAUUCUUGUCUGGGAAAGUUCUAAUGGAGUUGCAAGAUGACACACCAGUAUUAGGUCUACACUUCCAUGUUAUUGGCGAGGGUGUUGUGCGAGUUGGUUCUGGCAGACAUGAGAGGCUGUUUGACAAGGAGAAUUACAUUGACUUCAGAAUGAGACUUCUUGGUGAACCAGGUCACGGCACAUCAAUCCUAUCCCCCGGCAUCCACAGCUUCCCUUUCAAGUUGGGGCUGCCGAUGGGCUUACCGUCCACCUUCCUCGGCACUCACGGCUGGGUCCAGUACUACUGUAAGGCAGCACUGAGAGAGCCCAAUGGCCUGACUCAUAAGAACCAGCAGGUUUUCAUUGUGAUGAACCCUAUUGACCUGAAUUUGGAGCCGCCUGUUUUGUCUCAACAGUUCGAAUGCAGCGUAGAACAUCGUCUCGGCGUGGGCUGCGUAGGAGGCGGGUCCGUCACGUGCGGCGUGGCGCUGGACCGCGGCGCGUACGUGCCGGGGGAGAGCAUCGUGCUGACUGCGACCCUGCUCAAUAACUCUAAGACUACUAUUAAGGCUACGAGGGCUGCGCUUACUGAGACGAUCCAAUACUCAGCGCACGGCAAGGUGGCGGCUAAGGAGGUGCGCGAGCUAGCGUCGCUGACGCACGGCAAGACGCGGCCCGGCGGCGCCGACACGUGGCGCCACGAGCUGCUGUACGUGCCGCCGCUGCCGCCCACCAACCUGCGCGGCUGCCAUCUUAUAUCUGUGCACUAUGAUGUCUUUUUCAUAAUCGAGCCUAAAAGCUUAGAAAAGGAGGUGAAGCUGCAACUACCGAUCCUGAUAGGCACAUACCCGUUCCGCGAGGAGACGGAGGAACCACAGCCACCCACACACUACCCCAGCACAUUGCCUAUCUUCCGCGCCUGGCUGCACGACAAGCCUGCAAACUGACACACAAAUACAUAAUAAAAAAUAUAUAUAUGCACGCAAAGUCUUAACAUUUGUAUGAGUAGCAGGAAUUCGUUCUUUUCUUUUUGUCUUUGUUGAAGGUGAACGAACGACUUUUUUGUAGGUAGUAAAGUCAAGUGUGUAAACAAUAUGAAGCUCAAAUCUCGUAAAAAAAAUAGUAUAUCAAACUUGUGUAUUAAAGUCGUGAUUGUAGUUUCGAAAUCUAAAUAUAGAAUCUCAGUACUAUAUUGCAAUAAAAUAUUGGGAUUACGCCCUCUUUGGAAACGUCGGGGUAUGUACGUCCCACGAAAAUACGACAAACUAUAUACCUAUUUUAGUAGGUGCAUAAUAAGAACAUGAAAACACGACAUUUAUAUCGGACAUUCCUUAUUUUUAAGAAGAGUUAGUUUUUAUAUAGUUGAGCUAGAUUUUAUAUGUAUCAGUUUCGAAUAUGCGAGAAUAUGUUAUAGUAGGCAACGAAAUGUUUAUAGUACUUAAUUAAGACUGUUAUUAUGAAGUACUUACGUAAAAAAAUAUUGCAAAAGGAAUUGAUUUUUAACUAAUAACACUAAAGGAAACACUUAUACAAAAUUAUACACUGCCGUAAUUGUAAGAUAAAUUAAUAUUAUUAUAACUGAUUAUUUAACAGUCAUUUUAUUGUUAUUUUUCAGAAAGUACUUGUACUGUUGUAUGUACUCUAUUAUGAAAUUAUAAUUUUCUUCGAAAUUUUAUGAGCCAGUUUAAAACGCAUUUGAAUCUAAUAUUUUAAUCUCUAGUGCCAUUUUAAUGUUUGACUUAAAAAUUCGGUAUAUAAAGUUUUUUAAAACGUUGAUUAUUUAGGGGAGAAAAUAUGAUUAUAUUAAACGAUAUUUUCUGGAAAAUGUAGAAAUUUAUAAUUGUUUGAUAUUUAAAUUAUAAAAAUAUUGUGUAAACAAAGAAAACUUUAGAUACCGAAAGUGGAAUCUGUGUGAAGUAUUAAUUCCUAUUAUUUAGAAGUUUGGUAACGAAUGUAUACUAAUGGAAAUGUAUAUAACUAACCUGUGAUAUACCGGUCCGUCCAUUUAAUUUAGUUGUAAGCAAUUUAAUUAUUAUAAAUAUUUACCUAUUA